AUUUCGCAUAAUUGGCAUCACAACACAAGUGUCCUUCUGACUUCUGAGUAAUCGAGUUCGUUCGUGUCGGGGCCGAGUCAACUCAGACAAUGCUGCAGCGGUGCCUCGGAACUCGGCGAGGCCGUCAGAUCCAGAGGGCGUGCCGCCACAGCGGCGUCACCUUCGUCUGUCUCUUCCUCACCGUCGUCGUCCUCCGCGGCACAAUCGGCGCCGGCAAGUUCGGCACACCCGAACAAGACUUCAACGAGAUACGCCACCACCUCUCCUCCGCCCGCGCCCGCCGCGUCCUCGAAGAAUCCCAACCCGACCCGACAACAACCCAAUCCAACAACAACUACGCCACCUUCGAUCUAUCGAAGAUCCUCGUCGACGAAGACGCCGGCGAAGACGAAAAGCGCGAUGCCAACACUCCUUACACCCUCGGCCCGAAGAUCUCCGAUUGGGACCAACAGCGCCAAUCGUGGCUAAAAAACAACCCGGAUUACCCGAAUUUCAUCGGGUCAAAUAAACCCCGGGUUCUUCUGGUAACCGGGUCAUCGCCCAAACCGUGUGAAAACCCGGUUGGGGACCAUUACUUGCUGAAGGCGAUUAAGAACAAGGUUGAUUAUUGCAGGCUUCAUGGGAUUGAGGUUUUCUACAACAUGGCACUUUUGGAUGCGGAAAUGGCAGGGUUUUGGGCUAAGCUUCCAUUGAUUCGUAAGCUUUUGCUUUCUCACCCUGAGGUUGAGUUCCUAUGGUGGAUGGACAGUGACGCUAUGUUCACCGACAUGGCUUUUGAGGUGCCUUGGGAACGUUACAAAGAUCACAACUUUGUGUUGCACGGGUGGAAUGAGAUGGUGUAUGAUGAGAAGAAUUGGAUUGGUUUGAACACUGGUAGUUUUCUUCUGAGAAACUGUCAAUGGUCUUUGGACAUUCUUGAUGCUUGGGCUCCCAUGGGACCCAAAGGGAAGAUAAGGGAUGAGGCUGGGAAAGUUCUCACUAGGGAGCUUAAGAAUAGACCGGUUUUUGAAGCUGAUGAUCAAUCUGCAAUGGUUUAUCUAUUGGCAACUGGGAGAGAGAAAUGGGGUGACAAGGUUUACCUUGAGAAUGGUUAUUACUUGCAUGGUUAUUGGGGGAUUUUGGUGGAUCGUUAUGAGGAGAUGAUUGAGAAUUAUCACCCUGGUCUUGGGGAUCAUAGGUGGCCACUUGUUACUCACUUUGUGGGUUGCAAGCCUUGUGGUAAGUUUGGGGAUUACCCUGUUGAGAGGUGCUUGAAACAGAUGGACCGUGCUUACAAUUUUGGGGACAAUCAGAUUUUGCAGAUGUAUGGGUUUACCCAUAAGUCACUUGCUAGUCGUAGGGUGAAGAGAGUGAGGAAUGAGACUGAGAAUCCUCUUGAUAAUACUAACGAUGAGCUUGGAUUGCUUCAUCCAGCUUUUAAAGCUACCAAGCUUUCUUCUUCUUGAGGAUUAUUAUGAUGGUGGUUUUUGGAGGUUAAUGAUGAUUAGCUUCUACUUUAAUAGUUGUUGUUGAUAUUGGUUCCUACUUCCUACCACUCUAUUGGUUCAUCUGCCUGCCCGCUAUAAUAGAUGCCAAAUAUGGAAUUGUUGCUAGUUGCUAUUCAUCAUGAUAGUGUUGCAAAGUUGUAAUCUUUAAUUUAUUUUGCUUUUGCCUAUCAUUGUUUUAGUAUAUCAAUUUAUUGUAUUGAUUUUUGAAAAGAACAAGUACCCUCCUCAUCUGUAUCUUUCCCGG